AUCGAGGUUUCAGUUCGAGUGAUAGAAUAGAACCUCACUCCCUCAUCGAUCACAAACCUUUUAUUCUCUUCAUAGCUACACUCAAAGCCCCAAUUGAAAUCUAUUGUUUCCUCAUCGCGAGGGUUAUAAAAUUCGGUUCUUUUUUCCGUUUUCCUUUCUGGGUAUUAUCAGUUUUCGUUGAUGGAAGCCAUGGAGACUCAGAGUUCUCCGAAAGGGGAUUUCGGUUUCGGUGGCAGCGAUCGGAGGUUCGCGUUUUCGCGCCAAGCUUCGUUCCAGCAACAACCCCACACGCCGAUUUCCAUCUAUUUGAACGAUUCGGGUUCGAGGAGGCCCUUCCUUUCACGAAGCGAUUCCAGCAUAAACAUUCCCACUCCGAGGCACCACCAUUACUGGUCUGAGCAUGACGAAAAGCCUUCUGGGUCGCUUCAAAGAUCGUCUUUUUCGUCCUUUGUUUUAUCCGUUUUUCGAAGCAUUAGGUCUGGCCAUAGGUAUAUGAAGAGAUUGUUCUUUAUGAUCUCUCUCAAUGUAGCUUAUUCCACUGCUGAGUUGCUCAUUGGCCUCUUCACUGGCCGUGUUGGUUUGGUGUCUGAUGCAUUUCAUUUGACUUUUGGAUGUGGUCUUCUCACAUUUUCGUUAUUUGUCAUGGCUGCAUCUAGGAAGAAAGCUGAUCGAGAUUAUACUUAUGGGUAUAAAAGGCUAGAAGUCUUGUCUGCAUUUACAAAUGCCCUGUUUCUUUUGUUUAUGUCAUUCUCCCUAGCAGUUGAGGCACUUCAUGCAUUCAUACAAGAUGAAUCGGAACACAAGCAUUACUUGAUUGUUUCGGCGGUGACCAAUUUAUUUGUGAAUCUCAUUGGUGUGUGGUUCUUCAGGAACUAUGCUCGGAUUAAUCUUGCUUACAGAAAUGCAGAAGAUAUGAAUCACCACUCUGUUUUCUUGCAUGUUCUUGCAGAUUCCAUUCGCAGUGCAGGUCUGAUAUUGGCAUCCUGGUUAUUGUCAAUUGGGGUUCAGAAUGCAGAAGUCUUGUGUUUAGGACUUGUUUCUGUUGCAGUUUUUAUGCUUGUUCUGCCUCUCUUUAGGGCAACUGGUGGUAUCUUGCUCCAAAUGGCACCUCCUAGCAUACCAACUACUGCUUUGAACAAAUGCUUGAGACAGAUUUCUGCCCGGGAAGAUGUACUGGAAGUCUCCCAGGCUCGUUUUUGGGAAGUGGUGCCGGGCCAUGUGAUUGGUUCGCUUUCAAUACAGGUAAAGAAAGGAAUGGAUGAUCGCCCAAUACAAGGAUUUGUGCAUGGUCUAUACCAUGAUUUGGGUGUGCAGGACCUCACGGUGCAAACUGAUGAUGCAUGAGAUUUAUCUUUACAGUUUUAUGCCAAUCUAAGGAUUUUUUUACACAUCAAUGUCAUUGUUUAUUACUGGUGAAAGGAUAGUAACAUGAUUUCUUAUUUAAAAGGGAUCUUUGAUUUUUUUAUUGGUAUGUUUUUC